AUGCUAGUCCAUAAUAAACGGCAGAUGAAUUUCCAGACAGACUGCGCUCAGAUGGUGAAGAUGGUGUCUAAUCCUACAGAGUGGCCAGCAUUUGCGAUAUUGCUAGAGGAAGUAGAGAAAUGCAAGAGAAUGUUCCAGGCGUUCUCCCUAUCAUACAUUCCCAAAACAAAGAAUACGAAGGCAGACAAGCUAGCACGGAGCGCUCAAGAUCAGCCUCAUGAUGUGUACUACAUAAACUCAGUUCCCCCGGCUUCGCUUCCCGGACCGAGGAGCUUAGGCUAG